CGCUAGCCCCGCCCCCUCGGGUCCCCAGCCAACUUGGACUUGAAUGAGGUGCGCGCAGAGCAGACGGCUGGACUAUUAACACUAACCGUCUGGGAACAACCCCGGGAAUAACACCGGGAAUACUGGAGGACAGAGGCCAGACAUCGGGAAGGGGGUGGGGGGACGGAGGCUAAAGGAAAGCCGCUCCACAGCUGCCUGGAAGAAAGAAGAGGAAAAGCCUGCGUCAAUGUUCGUCCGUUUUCCGCGUCGAUCCGUGAGAUUCCCCCAAUGUUCAGCUUCAUGGGUCUGAUGAACGGAACCACCGACACCCACACCAAUGUCUCCUGUACGUGUAACUGCAAGAGAUCCUGCACUUCAUUCCAGAGUAUGGCGAUCACCCAGCUGGAGUUUGUUCAGAUCCUGGUGAUCGUGGUGGUGAUGAUGAUGAUGGUGCUGGUGAUCACGUGUCUGCUCAAUCACUACAGACUGUCUGCGCAGUCUCUCAUCUCUCGACACGGACGAGUGCGCAGACGACACCUGCCCCUGCCGUCGGAGAGCAGUCUGUGGUGCUCCGAUGCUCACGCCUCCACUACUGCCACGAGUGAGGUUUACGCUCCUCGACCGCCGGACCCCCAGCGUGAGCGUCUGUCCCGCUUCCAGCCCACGUUCCCGUACCUCCCUCACGCCGUCAUCGACCUCCCCCCCACCAUCUCUCUGUCGGACGGAGAGGAGCCUCCUCCGUAUCUCGGCCCCUGUUCCCUUCAGCUGCGGGACCCCGAGCAACAGCUGGAGCUCAACCGAGAGUCAGUCCGAGCGCCGCCCAACCGCACCGUGUUCGACAGUCCACUCAUCCCCGCCGAGGGCGCUCCGCCGGCGUACAGCGAGGUCAUAGGUCACUGCGACCCCCCCUCAUCACCGCUGGUGCAGGGUCUGACGGACGGCAGAAACACACACAACAGAGACAAACCCAAAGCACAGCACGUCUGACACACAACUCCUCUUCCUCUUCAGACUCUCUAUAAAUAUGUACAUGUUAUUAUGUGUGUUCCACGCUCUCAGUCUCUCUCUGUACUCUGACCAACAAAAACCUUUCUCUGAGCGAUGGAGAACAGUCCGUCUUCCUUUUACAAACAGACGCUGCUCCUCGUGAGAGUGAUGCACAACAUCUGAUGCUUGUGUGGUUUGGAGAGCGCUUGUGUGUUCCUGCAGCGUUACUGUACGUGUGUGUGUGUGUGUGUGUGUGUAUAGAAUACCCUAUAAAUAUAUACACACUACUGCUCAAACACUUGUGAUCGGUGAGACUUCAGAUGUGUUUUCUUCUGCUCAUCAAGGCUGCAUUUAUUUGAUCAAAAAUACAGAAAAAACAGUAAUCUUGCUAAAUCUAAUUAGAAUAUAAAAUAAUGGUUUCUAUUUUAAAUAUACAUUUUAAAAUGUAGUUUAUUUCUGUGAUGCUCCGCUGUAUUUCCAGCAUCAUUCCUCCAGUGUAAAGUGUCACAUGAUCUUCAGAAAUCAUUCUGAUAUGAUGAUUUAUUAUUAGAAUGAUUAAUGUUGUGCUGUGAUACUUUUUUCAGGAUUCUUUGAUGAGUAAAAAGUAAAAAAGAACACCAUUCAUUCCAAAUAUAAAUCUUUUCUAACAAGAUAAAUCUUUGCUAUCACUUCUUAUCAAUUUAACAAAAAGUUUUAAUUUCUUUAAAAAAAAUGAUCAUGUGACACUGAGGACUGGAGGAAUGAUGCUGGAAAUACAGCGGAGCAUCACAGAAAUAAAUUAGUUUUUAAUGUAUAAUACAAUUGAAAAUUGUUAUUUUACAUCAUAAUAAUAUUUUACAGAAUUAAAUUGUUUCCAGUAUUUUUUUAUCAAAUAAAUGCAGCUUCGAUGAGCAGAAGACUCUCCUGUAAAAACAUUUAAAAUCUCUCUGAUCCCAAACGUGUGAGCGCUAGUGUACCUGUAAAUGAACGAUUUUAGAGUUAUUUAUAUAAAUGUCUAAAAUUGCACUAUAUUAAUAUAAGGCUAUGAUGACCGGUCCACAGCUGGAGUGUGUCCUGGACGCUGGUCAGUGAUGAGUGCUCACUAGAUCCGAAUCUGAAUCUGAAUCAGGAGGAACGUCGCGUCGCUAGAUUCCUGGUGGAGCUUAAUUCCAGAGCUUCAGUUUCCCAAACGUGUUUUCCUUAAUGUUAUAUUAGGUUCACAAUCAGUGAUGUUAAGAGCAUGAAGGAGUUGUUGUGCUGGGCUGCGGGUCUCUUCUAGCACUUUACUGAUUCGUGGAGGAAGCAGCUGUAGCCACAGAUUCGUUCGGAGUAAAGCAGCACUGAAGCAAAGGAAUAUGCAACUGUUCCCCGAUCGGACGACGCACGCAGAGCUGGAAUCACAUCAUGGGAUCCGGAAUGAUCUUGAGCUUCACCAGGAGAGACAGACGCUCGGAUUCACUGAGUCAGAUUGAAUCAGAUUGAGUCAGUGAAUCAGCGAAUCUCUAAUUGAACUCAAUCCCAUGAUUCAGUCUGCGUUCGUCUGUCCGCUCCGGGAAUAUCAGGUCCGGUUUUGCCGUGUUGGCUUUUACUUCAGAGAACCGCUGCUUACAGGAAGUCAACAGCUGGAGAGAGAAACUAAUGCAGUCUGAUUCUUUUAUUUCUGUUUUAGUCAUCUUCAUCAUAUAUCUGUCCCAUGUUAUAACCGGACAAAUGCAGACGUUAUUGUGCUGUGGAAAUCUUAAACUGGUUCGUUAGUAACUGGUCACCUGUGGGUCGUUCUCUCUCCAGCCUUGACCUGAUGUCUUCCUCUUACAGAGGUGUGUCACAUGCCCCCCGUCAGCCAAUCAGGAAGAGGCAUUGUGUGCAUGAUGAUGAGGAGGAGGAGGAGGUAGUUUAGUGGAGAGAUUGCAAUAUACAGACUGUUUGCCUUUUGAUAAUAGAGUUAGUUGUUUAGUUCUGAUGUUCUAGUUGUUUUUCUCUUAUUGUUGCUUCUCAUUAAAAGGUCAUUUUUGUUUCAUUUAAGGAACAGCAGGUUUGAGCUGUUCACUCGUCAUCAGAGCUCGUCUGAGAGGCUCGUUAAUGUGAGUGCAGACGUGUGUGUGUGUGUGUGUGUGUGACAGAGCUCUGUUGCCUCAUGCCCUGAUAAUUACAUCUGGAAUACAAAACAUCUGCUUCGGAGUGCUUCUGAUGCACUUUUGGUUUUGUGAGUGCUCUGGUUCACAGACGUCUGCUCGUCUUCAUCUUCAUCUUGCUUUGAGUUGGUUUCACCGUCGGGAUGAAUGAGUUUCUGGGAUUUUAAUCAGAUCACUGAAGGCUUUCCAUGUGAGAAGAGAGGUUUCCAAAGAAGGAUGUUCUCUCUAACCUGUUAUCAGAAGCGAUCGAAGCUGUUGUUUUCUUGCUUUGGGUCGCAGUAUGAACAUAUGUCCCUGACCCUCACUGUGCUUCAGAUGUCCUCCAACACGUCUCCUGUCCUCAGAACUGACCGCUUGCGUCUCACUCUUUGAUUUUUAUUUAUAUCAGAUCCUGAAAGUGUUACUGUGUUUCUCUUUGGGACGGUGUCUAUAACACACCAUCUCAUGCAUUUCAGUUAGCUGCCAAUUAAACCAAUAAAAGCUUUUAUAAAAUAA